AUGCAACAACACAGGCCGUUCUCUAGAGCCACAUGGAACAUCUACCUCGUCUUCUUGGCCUUCCGUCUCUUCAUUGCGCUCUCUCCCGGAUAUAUCCACCCUGACGAGUUCUUCCAGUCUGCCGAGAUCACUGCUGGCAAUGUCUUUGGCCUCAAAGUUGAUAUUCCAUGGGAGUACCAGCCAGAGCUCCCCUGCAGAUCAAUCAUUAUUCCAUCAAUUUAUUGGUCAAUUGUAAACAUGGCUCGCCAAAUCCGACGGUCGCCCUCGAUCGCGCUACUUCUCGUCGCGUCAUCCUACGUCACUCUCGCCUACCAUACCCAUCCCUUCUCCAACGCUGUUGAAACUCUUGUCUUGGCUCUCAGUGCUGUAGUCCUUGGCAAAAUCAUCCAGCAACACGAAGCCUCAACUGUUCUUCCUUCAACACCCUUGUCCAAGACUGCUACCUCCGUUCAUCCUUCCUCAACUAGCGGCUCGACGGUAUCAUCAUCAACAGGACCUUACCAACCAAGACCCUCCUCCAUACAUCUGACGUUUUUGUUGGGCGUUCUGUUUGCUAUCGGGACAUUCACCAGGAUCACAUUUGCAGUCUUUGGAUUCCCUUUCGGCGUCUUGCUGCUCUACCUCAACGCAAGAGCCUCGUUUUGGAAAAGACGAUCGACACUGCGAGGGCUAGUUGCUUUUGUGCAGGCUUGCAUGCCUCUCGCAAUUGGAUUCGGGUCAAUGUCUGCUGCAGCCAUUUUUGUCGAUUCGAUUUACUUUGGGAAACUUGUCAUUUCGCGGCAGUCUCAUGGAUCGCCUAUGACUCUCAUGGAGAUAUUUACCACUAGCCCCCUUUGCUGGUCCUCUCUUUCAGUGAAAGGAUCAUUGACGUUGACCAUGUGGAACAACUUGCAGUAUAAUCUGGACAAGGACAACUUGGCACUCCACGGAUUGCACCCUCGAUUUUUUCACCUGCUCUUGAACUUCCCAGUUCUCUUUGGCAAUCUUGCCUGGAUAGGAUUGACCACCAUCAUUCGCAAAGUCCUGGCACGCGAAUGGUCAAGUCGUUCCAAACUUGUUACAGGAUUUCAAGACUUGGUCGCAAAUUUUGGAGACAGUCGCUUGGAUUUCAAGACUGUCGAGGCGUGGGAUCUGGCGAUCAUAUUCUAUGUACAACCGAUCCGCUCAAACCAGGACAGCAAUACAUAUAUCACAAAAGUUAUCUUUUACAAGACGUACAUGCCUCCACACCACCUCUUUGGAUACAACGAAUCUCAGGCUCGUUCCCAUGGAGUUCAUCUUGAGAUAUUGGACUGGAGAAACAAAUCAAAGGAUCAGCUCAUCGAGAGCCUUUUUUCAGAGGAGGAACGGGCAAUGAGAGUUGAGAGGACGUUGCUUUCUGCAGCAAGGAAAGAACAUCAGCAACGACAACAGUCUGUUCUAUUCCGACAGAUUGGCCCUAGACAGUAUGAAAGAACUGUGUUGGUUGCACCAGGAACUGUCGACUUUUCAGAGCAAGCCUUUGAUAACGACGGUACCAAAGACCGGAUAUCGCGCCAUGCUAACUUUGACCAUCUACCUGAACUAAUGCAGCGACCUCUCACAGGCCUGAGUAUGAACAUGUAUUACCUGUGA